ACCUGCACCAUUAAACUCAAUGCUACGAGUGAGCGAGCGCCCUGUCCUAAGAUGGCCGCCAGGUGAUGCCGUUAGGGACUCCGCCUUGAGCCAUCUAGCCUUUAUAUACAUAUCUAUGGUCCCAUCUGUCAUUUUUACGCUUUGAAGUGUGUUCAUCAGCGCCUCCUUUGCUCCCUUGGUGCGGUCUUCAGCGAAGCCCGCACUGCAGCAGGCUUCGCGCACUUUACCAACCCAGAAGUCCUUGCGAAAGGGCAAUCAGACGACGGAAGGGAGGAGUUCACACUGACGGGCAACUUCUCUACCUAUUUCCGGUGUGAUGCUCGAGACUGUCCUAAAAUACGACUCCGGUGCACCCACGUGAACUCGCAUCAAGGGUCCCUAAAGCCUGGAUUGAUGUCAUCAAAGUGUGGACUCUGAGGAGGACCACAAAUCCGGAGUGUGCCAUUUGGGACAGGGGCAAAGAUGGGGGAUUUCGUGCCCUCCCGGACUGUAUGUAUUCCCAAUUGUCUCCGCUCGCACAGCGAAGUCGAUCAAAUCAGAAAGUCUAAGGAGAUCGAUGAAAGCCUUUCUCGCGAGAAGACCUAUCUGGAGAAACUGGUGACGAUAUUGUUGUUAGGGGCUGGCGAAAGUGGCAAGUCAACUUUCCUCAAACAAAUGUGCAUAAUUCAUGGGCAGGACUUCGAUCAGCGGGCCAAAGAAGAGUUCCGGGCUACGAUCUACAGCAAUGUUAUCAAAGGUAUCAGGGUACUGGUGGAUGCCCGUGAGAAACUUCAUAUUCCUUGGGGAGACCCCGAUAACCAGGUCCAUGGGGAGACGGUUAUGGCUUUUGACACCCGCUCAUCCAUGAUGGCCAAAGAGAUGGUGGAGACCAAAGUCUUUAUGAACUUCUUGCCCUCCAUCCGUGCCCUGUGGCAAGACAGCGGUAUUCAGAAUGCUUAUGACAGACGGCGAGAGUUUCAGCUGGGUGAAUCUGUGAAAUACUUUCUGGACAAUGUGGAUAAACUUGGAGAACCGGAUUACUUGCCCACCCAAAAAGAUAUACUUCUGGCACGGAAGCCCACCAAGGGUAUCUAUGAGUAUGACUUUAACAUCAGGAAUGUUCCUUUCAAGAUGGUAGAUGUGGGAGGGCAGCGGUCGGAGCGUAAGCGAUGGUUAGAGUGCUUUGAAGACAUAACUUCCAUCUUCUUCCUAGUCUCAUCCAGCGAGUACGAUCAGGUGCUUAUGGAGGAUCGGCAGACCAACAGGCUCUCUGAGUCGCUGAACAUCUUCGAGACGAUCGUCAACAAUCGUGUCUUCGCCGACGUCUCCAUCAUCCUUUUUCUCAAUAAGACAGACUUGCUGGAAGAGAAAGUUGAGAAAGUGAACAUCAAGGACUAUUUCCCAGAGUUCACCGGGGAUCCCCACAAACUCCUGGAUGUGCAGACGUUCCUGGUGAAGUGCUUCCGUAACAAGCGUCAAGGGGAACAGCAGAACCCUCUUUACCAUCACUUCACCACUGCCAUUAACACGGAGAACAUUCGCCACGUCUUCUUUGACACCAUCUUACGUUACAAUCUUCAAGAGCUUAUAUUAAAUUGAGUAAAUGGCACAAGAAAGCCUUAAGAACAUUCCAUUUUAAAUAGGUUUUUAGGUUAUUUAAUACAAGUGGUUCUAUACAUGAAGAGUUUAAUUGCAAAACGAGAUGACUCCGUUUUUUAUUUUUUGUGCAUUCCAAUUUAUAUCAAUUCAACUGCAGUUGGUUUGUUUUAAUUUAAACCUUCAUAACGUAAAAAAUAAAGCUAAGUAGCACCAUAAAACAAAAUAAUAACAUGAUAACAUAAUAAUAAACAUGUUUUGAAAAAAAUUUAAAAACGGAGUUAUCUCGUUUUGCAACGAAACUCUUCACAUAUUGUGGUUAAAAACGGAUUGGAUGAUAAUUAUGCACACUUUAAAGUUAUUGCUGGACAUUAAUGUCAUAUAAGUGACAGAAAUUUGAUAGAAGCCAAGCGGCAAACCUUUCGAAGCUUGUUGUAGCUAUAUCAGAUAUGCUAAGGAAUGAUCCUCAGUUAUUCACCAAAAUGCUGUAAUUAUAAUGGUUUACUGUAUGUUUAUAAAUGUGUAUGUUGUAUGUAAUAAUAACACUCCAGGGGUGUAUUCCAGAAAGCAGGUUAUGUGACUUACCCGGGUAUGUUUAGGAGUAAGUAAGCGGAUAAUCUCUGCUUUCGGUUCCAAAUGUGGAGGUAACUUUCGGGUUAUGUAAGUAACCAUAGCAAUUGACUCUCUGAAGAUAACCUGCUUAUGUUCAGACCUGUAGAAGGGCUGAACGUAAGUGGAAUAAGGAUAGACUACAAGUUUCUUAUGACAUCUUAAAGGAUUCUCUAUCUGCAUUUCAACGAGCUGCUAAAGCUGCUAAGCGCACUUAUUUCACAGAGCUAAUUUUGCGUAACACUGGUAAGCCUAAAGCUCUAUUUUCAAUAAUUGACUCUGCUCUCAAUCCCACUGUUAAUCAUUUUUCUGUGACAUCUGUUUCUCUUUGUGAGGAUUUUGCUAAUUAUUUUAACAACAAAAUCUAUCAGAUAAAAUCUCUCUUACCUUCUUCAGCCUACUCACCACUAGAUGUUCCCCUCUGCUAUUCUAGGUUGAAAUACACUCGGAAUAAAGAGAGACUGGAUAACC